UAGUAGAAGACUUUCUAUUUGUUAAAAGAAAAUUGUGGAUUUGAGUUCUUUGAAGGAAUCAAUGUGGAUGAUGAAAGAAUUGCUCCUAGACAUUAAGUUGUUGCACCGGGUAGAAAAUUAAGAACUUAUCGAUCUCUAUAUAUGCCAUUUUUUACUGUAUUCUCAAAUGCGUGCUUUAUUUGACGAUAGGGGAGGGCAUGUUGAUGAAGCUGGAUCCUCGAUGGCUAUGCAGGUUGCUAGGUUGGUUAGAGCCAUUCGCAUGGGUUGGAUUAAGUUCGAUAAACCAAAGGAGGAGCCUCAAUUUUAUUUAUUAUGAGGAGAUGAUUCUAAUGCAGCAGAAAACAAGAGGCAGGGAUUAAGUUAUAUUCCUGCACCUAAACCUAAAUUGCCUGGUAAACCAUUUGUGUUGCUUACAGAAUGAAUGAAAAAUUCACGUUGUUUGGAAAUAGGCCAUGAAGAAUCAUACAAUCCAUCUGUAGAAUAUAGCCCUACCCAAGAAGAAAUUAACUCUUACCAGCUGAUGUAUGAGGAAGACCGUCCUAAGUUUAUCCCGAGAAGAAGUGUACCUGCCUAUGAGAAAGCUGUUAAGGAAGAAUUUGAUCGUUGUUUAUACCUUUAUCUAUGCCUAGGGCUCAGAAGAAACGUGCAAGUUGAAGAUGCUAUCAACAUUGACCCUGAGUCUCUUAAGCCCAAGCUACCUAGUAAGACGGAUUUGAAGCCUUAUCCCUCAACAUGCUAUGUUGAGUAUAGAGGUCACAGUGGACCUGUUAAAUCUAUAUCAGUUGAAAUAUCGGGGCAAUGGAUGGCAUCUGGUUCAACUGAUGGAACGGUGCGUGUUUGGGAGGUUGAGACAGGUCGUUGCCUCAGAGUCUGGAAUGUGGGUGAAGCUGUUGAACACGUUGCAUGGAAUCCUUUGCCUGAGCUUCCCAUGUUAGCAGUUUCUGCGGGGUAUGACGUGAUUCUGCUGAACACUGGACUUGGAUGAGAAGACAAUAUGUGGAUAAAAGAGCUCCUACGUGUUGAGGAAUCGCCAUUAACUAAUGACGACGGAAAUAAAACCUCUGCUGUGAGUUGGCUCCAACAUACCAAGCUUGAUGGCAUCAGGUUGCAACACUUUAAGGCUGUAUCAACAAUUGAGUGGCAUCGCAAAGGAGACUAUUUCACUACAGUUGUUCCAAGUAGUGAUUCUAGAGCAAUAUUAUUACAUCAACUCUCCAAGAAGCAUAGCCAAAAUUCUAUCAAGAAGUUACAUGGGUUUCCGGUUUCAUCCGUCUUCAAUCUGCGUCCCAUUUUCUUUGUUGCAACUAAGAAAAAUAUUUGUGUUUAUGAUCUUCUGAAAGCAAAGCUCAUUAAGAAGCUUGAAACAAAGCUUCGGGAGAUUUCAUCCAUUGCUAUCCAUCCUGGGGGUGACAAUGUAAUUGUGGGGAGCAAGGAAGGAAUGUGCUGGUUUGAUAUGGACCUUUCAUCUCAACCAUACAAAACUCUGAAGACACAUCCAAAGGAAACGAAUGUUGCCUUCCAUCGAUCAUACCCUCUAUUCACUUCUUGUUCCGAUGACUGUACGGCAUAUGUAUUUCAUGGAAUGGUGUACUCAGAUCUUAACCAGGAUCCUCUCAUUGUUCCUUUGGAGAUUCUCUGUGGCCAUACAUCCUCAAACGGCAGAGGUGUGUUGGAUUACAAGUUCCAUCCAAGGCAGCCAUGGUUGUUCACUGUUGGUGCUGACUCUGUUAUCAAGCUUUACUGCCACUAAGACAUCGCGAAAUAGUCAGUUAUUAUGCCAGAGUUCAUAUCUCAGCAAGGCAACCAAAGGAAUGCCAUUGAUUGUAGUGGGAGACGACCUAACCUCAAAAAAAUGUUUUUAACAAUUGCACUUCAUUUGAGUUUUGAUCGACAUGGCAGUUGUAUUCGGUUGAUUUCAGUUCAAGUCCAUUGAUUUGAACACACAGGCAGGCUAGUAAAUCUGACUUGUACAUGCUCUAUCGUAUGCAUCUUUGAAACAGACAGAAGCAAGUAGCUUUAAAGUUAUUUAUACUACUUGACAAGCAUGAGUAACUUCAAAGCUUAGAAUUUUGUAUCAGGUAGAUGGUUAAAAUUAUUUUAUGGACGUUUUGUGCAAAUUUUGUAAUAUAUGGAGUUCUUAGGUAUAUUCUUUCCAGAAAAGUUGCAACAUUUGAGGUGAUAUUUUAAGACAAACGGUAAUGGCAAAAAAACUGUCAUCAGAAUUUA